CUGCGGGCGGGCGGCGGUUGCUGCAGCGGGACCCGGGAGCGGGGCCCGGCGCCGCCCGGGCCGCGGGGCGAUUCUUAAACCAGUGCUGUCUCUACUAUAUCACAGUGUCCUUUUGAGAAAGCUCUUUGUAGAGUUAAAGUUCUCUGCAAAGGUGAGCCCCAGGUGUAUCCCAGAGGGAUCCGGGUGACUUCUCUGCAGAGCGUUUGCCAUGACAGCCCACCAAGGACGGGGGGAAUAAAGUGGGAACCCUUCCCCAUGCCCCUCCCACGGUCAGCUCCCCGAUGGCCUGGGUGAGGGCAGGCUGGCUGCUCUGACACCAUGGGGAGCUGCUGCAGCUGCCUGAACAGAGACAGCGUUCCAGACAACCACCCCACCAAGUUCAAGGUGACAAAUGUGGAUGAUGAGGGGGUGGAGCUGGGCUCUGGGGUGAUGGAGCUGACGCAGAGUGAGCUGGUGCUGCACCUGCAUCGGCGUGAGGCCGUCCGCUGGCCUUACCUCUGCUUGCGGCGCUAUGGCUACGACUCCAACCUCUUCUCCUUUGAGAGUGGCCGCCGAUGUCAGACAGGCCAGGGAAUAUUUGCAUUUAAGUGUUCCCGGGCUGAGGAAAUCUUCAACCUCCUUCAGGAUCUGAUGCAGUGCAACAGCAUCAAUGUGAUGGAAGAGCCUGUCAUCAUCACCCGCAAUAGCCACCCCGCUGAGCUUGACCUCCCUCGAGCCCCCCAGCCGCCCAAUGCUCUAGGCUACACUGUCUCCAGCUUUUCCAAUGGCUGCCCUGGAGAGGGCCCACGAUUCUCAGCUCCCCGGCGGCUCUCGACAAGCAGCCUGCGGCACCCCUCGCUUGGGGAAGAGUCCACCCAUGCCCUCAUUGCUCCUGAUGAGCAGUCCCACACCUAUGUCAACACACCGGCCAGUGAAGAUGACCACCGCAGGGGCCGCCACUGCCUGCAGCCCCUGCCUGAGGGUCAGGCACCCUUCCUCCCGCAGGCCCGGGGUCCUGACCAACGGGACCCACAGGUGUUCUUGCAGCCAGGCCAGGUGAAGUUUGUGUUGGGCCCGACCCCUGCUUGGCGGCACAUGGUGAAGUGCCAGGGCCUCUGUCCCAGCCUGCAUGACCCCCCACACCACAAUAAUAACAAUGAGGCCCCUUCUGAGUGCCCAGCCCAGCCCAAGUGCACCUACGAGAACGUCACCAGGGGGCUGCGGCGAGGGGCUGGCUGGAGACUGAGCCCAGAGGAGCCGGGCUGGAAUGGCCUUGCCCACCGCCGGGCCGCCCUGCUGCACUAUGAGAACCUGCCCCCACUGCCCCCUGUGUGGGAAAGCCAAGCCCAGCAGCUGGGAGGGGAGGCUGGGGAUGAUGGGGACUCGAGGGAUGGGCUCACACCCUCUUCCAAUGGCUUCCCUGAUGGUGAGGAGGACGAGACCCCACUGCAGAAGCCCACCAGCACCCGGGCCGCCAUCCGCAGCCACGGCAGCUUUCCUGUGCCACUGACCCGCCGCCGCGGCUCCCCAAGGGUCUUCAACUUUGACUUCCGCCGGCCGGGGCCCGAGCCCCCAAGGCAGCUUAACUACAUCCAGGUGGAGCUAAAGGGCUGGGGUGGAGACCGCCCUAAGGGGCCCCAGAACCCCUCGAGCCCCCAAGCCCCCAUGCCCACCAUCCACCCUGCCCGAAGCUCAGACUCCUACGCCGUGAUUGACCUCAAAAAGACCGUGGCCAUGUCCAACCUGCAGAGAGCUCUGCCCCGAGAUGAUGGCACUGCCAGGAAAACCCGGCACAACAGCACCGACCUGCCUCUGUAGGGACGUCCCGGUCCUCACCACCCUCUGCCCCACCAUGAUCCAGCCUCUGCCUCACACUCCUGUCCUCUGAACCCACCCUCCCCAGGGUUCAGGGUUGCUUUGCAGAAGGCAUGGAGGUGGGACCAGAUGCUUCCCUGUGCUGGCUGGAGUCCCCAGAGAUAUCAGCCACCGAGUCUCCUGGUCUGUCUCCAGGCUGGGGAGAGAAGGGUGACCAGGCGAGGAGGGAGCCGAGACGUCAACUGUGAAGGGUUCCUGUGAUUGCGUUUAGCGCCCUCCCGUUCUGUCCAUUUGUCUUGUCUGCCGCCUGUCCGUGUGUGUUUUUUUUGGUUGGAAUUUUGAAACAUUUUGUACCUGUUGAUUUUAUUUAUCAGUUUAUUUUUCUAUUUAUUGUUUUAAAUGUAAUUUAACAUAUUUAUUAUUAAUAUAAUUAUUUUUAAAUUCUG